UUUGACCAAAUAUUCACAACAAAAAAGCUCAAGGAAGUAUAUUGGAAUUUUUAGCGAUCUUGAUUUUAGUGGUCGUCAAGUUAUAGUGAACUCUUUAUAUAUAAAGUCCCAUAUGUCUGCGAACGAAGAUACUCCUCCUCCAACUGAGAAGCCAGAUGAUGAUGGCAGUGGAGCUACUGGAGGGAAAGAAGAAGACAAGCAGGAAGAUGAGAGUGAUUUGAAUUUUCUUCAACGGUUACUGGCCCAGUUAAAACCACCAACCGCCAGUGAGGGAGUGGAAAAAGAAAAACCAGAACAAUUAUUAGAGGAAGUCACAUUUGAAGGAGUUGCAAAUUAUAUCAAGAAAGGGAAAUGUAAAAAUAUAAUUGUAAUGACUGGUGCAGGCAUCUCAACUGCUGCAGGGAUUCCAGACUUUAGAUCUCCUGGUACUGGUCUCUAUGACAACCUGCAAAAAUAUGACCUACCCCACCCCCAGGCAGUAUUUGAAAUAAACUUCUUCCAGUCAAAUCCAGAGCCAUUCUUUAUGCUGGCUAAAGAGCUGUACCCUGGAUCAUUUAAACCAACAAUUUCACACUAUUUUAUCAAGUUAUUAAGUGACAAGGAGUUGCUGCUACGUAAUUACACUCAGAAUAUUGACACUCUAGAACGAGUGGCAGGCAUCCCACAAGAGAAACUUGUCGAAGCACAUGGAUCUUUUCACACAGCGCACUGUUUGGAUUGUGUAAAAGAAUAUUCUCAUGAAUGGGUCAGAGAUGAAGUAUUUGCAGACAAAAUACCUACUUGCCCUGAUUGCAAAGGAGUUGUAAAACCAGACAUAGUGUUUUUUGGUGAAUCCUUACCACCUGUGUUUCACAGAUGUGUUCCUCAGGAUAUGCCAAAAUGUGACCUGUUAAUAGUGAUGGGUACUUCACUGGUUGUGCAGCCAUUUUGUUCCCUACUCUGCAGAGUUCCUGCAACAACUCCGAGAUUGUUAAUAAAUAAAGAGAAAUGUGGAAAUCAGCCUGACUUCUUCAGCCUGUUAAUGGGCGGGCCAGCCAGUGGUUUCCAGUUUGAUAGUGACGACAAUUAUCGGGAUGUCAUGUGGCAAGGUACCACAGAUGAUGGUUGUGUUGCUUUGGCUGAGUUACUGGGAUGGAAGGAUGAGCUAUUAAAUUAUGUCAAGGCAGAACAUAAAAGGAUCGAUGAAGCUAAUGCUGAAGCAAAGAAGCCGAGCGCUUCCGAGAAAAAAGGUGGGAAUAAAGAAGUUGGCAAUUCGUCAAACGAAGGCAGUGAAGCAGAGAAACAGAACAAAGAAGCCAGCAACCUUUAAAAUAAUAAUGAAGUCCCAAAGCUGUAAAAUUUCUGAAAACUUUUUGUUUCAAUAAUUUUAAUUGAACGGUUUAUUUAGGCAAUGAAUUCUUUCUAUUUCAAUGUAUUAUAAAUGGCUGGUAACCAGUGUCUGGGAAUUUUUUUAACCUAAUAUUUCUCGAUCACAGAAUUUGAAUUCAAUUGAAUAUGUGUAUUACUUCAGUAAAGACAAAUAAACUCAUG